AUGCUGAGCACAGCAGCACUACAAACUCUGGAAGAGACUUGGAUAAAAAUAUCAAGUGGUAGCUGUUUUAGAUAUUAAUUUUGCUUCUUUAUAUCUUGAAUAUUUGAUUUUGAAAAGUCAGAAUAUGAAGCAAAUUCUCAGACUGAUCUGCUUCUUGGACCUCACUGAAAGAAUGUUUCAUUUAGUGUCUUGUUAACAGUGGGUUUGCAAGCUGCUCAUUUUGGAACAGCUUUUUGCAUGGGGUAGGAGCAUGUCUGUUUGACCACAUCAGUUUAUGCAAAAGCAAAAUUUUUAAAAAAUAAGAUAAAUGUUGGUUUAUAAGUGAGCCUGUUAAUUUAAACCCCAGGUAUUGCAUAUAAUUCCACAUACCUUGACCAAUAAAAUUUGCUGGAGAACCAAACCAUGGUGGUUCUUAAUAAAAGCCUUUAGGA